GAAACGUUAAGGCAUAGAGUAUCAGCGUUAAUCGUGAUGGAAUUUCCAUUAAAUGACAGCGAAUUAGCUGAUAAUUUAACCGUGACCGCGGUGAACCCGUCUACCAAUUCGGAACUUAAUCUACCGUAUACGGUUUGUGAAAUUCUGGUGGCGGUAUGCGCGGUAUUCGGCAACGGACUUGUGAUCAUUGUUUUCAGCAAAGAAAGGAAACUUCGUCGAAGAACUAAUUAUUAUAUCAUUUCUUUAGCUACGGCUGAUCUACUCGUUGGAUUGUUCGCUAUACCGUUUGCUAUUUUGGCUAGCAUCGGUUUACCAACAAAUUUUCACGCUUGUUUAUUCACGGUAUCCGUGCUGGUCGUUCUAUGCACCAUCAGCAUCUUCUGUCUCGUCGCGGUGUCCGUCGAUCGUUACUGGGCGAUACUUCAUCCCAUGGGAUAUUCCCGUACCGUACGCACUAAAACUGCCAUAGGUAUAAUCUGCGUGUGCUGGAUCGCCGGCACUCUGGUCGGUUUUCUGCCACUUUUUGGCUGGAACGCGGGCGAGAGGUCAAACCAGAAAUGUAUCUUCACCGAAGUGAUGGAUUACGAUUACUUGGUGUUCCUCUACUUCGCUACGAUCAUCUUUCCCGCGCUAUUAAUUGCAGCCUUCUACGCCCAUAUAUACCGAGUGGUCGUAAAGCAGUUGCAACAAAUUGUAACGAUGAAUCCGGGUAGAAGGACCGGAAAUCAGACAACAGGUACGAUGUUGCGUCUACUCGGAGCAGCUAGGAAGCGGGAAGUAAAAGCGACGCAGAAUCUAUCUCGCAUUGUAAUUUUCUUCAUCAUCUGCUGGUUCCCUCUGUACACCAUUAAUUGCAUCAUGGCCUUCUGUCCACGGUGCAAGGUGAACGAUAUCCUGAUGAACUUUUGCAUCAUCCUGUCGCACCUUAACUCGGCUGGUAAUCCGCUACUUUACGCCUACCAUCUGAAAGAUUUUCGUGCAGCGUUGAAGAACUUCAUGUGGAGGCUGAUUUUCCCGCAUAGCGACGUGAAAUCCAGCGUUAUCAGCGUGAUACAGGAUCGUGGGUCUUUGGUGGGUUCUCAGAGGCAACAUCAAAGGCAAAUGGGAGGUCCACCUGCAGCCAGAGGGCAAAGAUCAAGUUUACUGCGUCAGGUGACUGACGUCAAAUUGAAAGGAUCAUCAUCGACUCCUCGCAACGUUUCCAUUCGGGAGAAAGAACUUUGUAGCACUAACGGAUCUAGUUCUUCGCAAAGUGACAAACAGGAGGUGGAUGUUUCUGUAAAUGAUAAUAGAGAUCAGAAUGGUGGCGAGUUUCACCGAAACGAAAGCGAUAGUUUUAGGAAUAAUAGAAUUGAUUCGAAAACUUCACCUCACAUUUCGUCUAUAGAAUUACAGACUUACAAACCUUUGAUGCCGCUACUUCCAGCGGAAAUCGAUCACGUUGAAGAAACACCGCCAGCCUCCAUUUUCGUAAUCGAGGUGGAUGUAAAUCACAUCGAUUCUGUUCAUGAAAACAUGGACGAAGAAGUGAUGGAGAACAAGGACAAAGGUUGAUGAUCUCUUACCGAUUCAUCGAAUACGAUCUAAUCUAAAAAUCGAUGAUCCUUGUUAUCGAUAAUAACAAUUUACGAAUUGUGAUUAAGUAUAAUUAGAGAAUAUCGUAAUUGGCGAAGCUCUGAAGCGUCGAAAGUUUUCUAAAAUUGAAUGCGACAUAUUUUUGAUGUUAGUAUAGUAAUUUGAUGUACGAUACAUACCUGCUAUAAAUCCUGGUGUUAAUACUCGAUACAGAAUCACCAACAAAUAAACGUCAUGAAUUGAAUUGAAUAAAA